AUGGAUAGAAAAUCUGCUAGAAUAAAAGCAGAGUUAGAAAGAUAUGGUUGGAAAGUUUCAAAGAAUUUUAAAUAUAGGAAGGGAAGACCCAUAAAAGUCUAUGACAAACUGGCUGGUCUUCGCUACGAGAUGGACUUGGAAACAGCGCGCGCCAAUUAUCCAAACAGACUAGAGAGGUUAGAAGAAGAACGUCUUAUGAACUUGCCUUUCAAUGUUAACGAGCCGCAAGUUGAAGGACACGACGGCUUUGCCAGAUUCUACUGGAAACAUGACGAACAAUUGCAUCCUUUGAGAAGGAAAAAAGGGAAGGGUGAAGACAAACAUGCUCCCAUGGAAAGAACAAGAUAUGCAUAUGAAAAGUAUCGUGAAGUUAGAAGUCAAAUUACAUCUGGUCGAACCUUUACAGUAAACUUUGACGAAGGAAAGAACAAAGAAGGCUUCAUGGGAGUACUUGCUGCCAUACAAGACGGAAAUAAGAAAGGAUACAAUCUCAGACUAACCAUAACAGAUUUGGACGGUCACAUUUACUAUGCAAAUGGCAAUGAACAAACAGCUGCAAAACUUCUUGACGCUUUCAAGACUACAAAGAGAGAACAAAUGGUUGACUCCGACUCAGACAUUUUGAAUGCAAUUGAAGGAAUUGCAAGUGUCAAGUUCGAAUGGUACCAACCUAACCCUCAAGCAGUCAGACAACAUGCUGGAUACUUCCCCUUCAUAAAUAAGUCUGACAUUGACUUGACAAGGUAUGGAAUUUACAAUUCAAUUGAAACAAUUGUCAAUGAACCUUGCAUUCUUACAUGUCUCAGGAACUCUGGUCUUGUUACAGAUGAGAAGAUGAAGUAUCUUGAGUCAUGUGUGAAGACAAGGUACAUUCUCAGAGGUCAAUUGGCAAAAAUUGCACCGUUGGCAAAUGUCAAUAUCCGAGUCAACAUUCCGACUGAGAAAGGUUCUUCACACGACGACUAUGUUGUUGACUUCAAAUUACCAUGGUUGA